CCCCGCCAUCCCCGGCCCUGAAAAACGAGGCCGGCCGGCCGAGCAUGAAGAAUUUGCAGCUGAUGGAAGCGGCGGCGGCGGCGGCGCCCCGCUGGAAGCGCUUCUGCCUGAAGGAGUUGCGCGGCAUCCAGAAGCUGAAGCGCAGGAGCCGGCCGGGCUUAGGAGGAAUGGGGCAGGCGGGGGUCCCGGAGCAGCAACUGCAGCAGCAGCAGCAGCAGCAGGCGGUGCGGCCGCGACCCCCGGGCUUCCCCCCCGGAGGCGGGCGAGGCGUCGGGGCUCUGCCGGGGGUCGCGCCCUUCCCAGCGGCGCUGCGCUGCCCGAGGGAGGAGGAGGAGGAAGAGGCGCCGCCGUCCUCCGCGGGGGUCCCCAAGAGCCCCUCGCCCGCCGGGACCCUCCCCGCCCGGCUCUUGUAUCACGGGGGUCUCCAAGGCGGCGGCGCCUCGCCUCGCCAGCGCCCCAGCGACCCGGCCGGCGGCGGCAGUAGCGGCAGCGGCGCCGCCUCGGAGAUCAAAACGCUGCAGCAGAGCCGGCGGCUGCUGGCCAACGCCCGCGAGCGGACCCGGGUGCACACCAUCAGCGCCGCCUUCGAGGCGCUCCGCAAGCAGGUCCCCUGCUACUCCUACGGGCAGAAGCUCUCCAAGCUGGCCAUCCUGAGAAUCGCCUGUAACUAUAUCCUCUCCUUGGCCAGACUGGCCGAUCUGGACUACAGUGGGGACCACAGCAACCUGAGCUUCUCCGAAUGCGUGGAGCAAUGCACCCGCACCCUGCAGGCUGAAGGCAGGUCUAAAAAAAGGAAGGAAUGACAACUAGAAGGGAGGAUUGGGUGGAAGAACCGAGCAGAUGAUUCGUCCUGUCCAUCUUCUCAAAAAGGCCCCGUGUUCGCAUGGAAGGCAGAAGAAAGCAUCCGCCAUUUUGAAGACCGGCUACGGAAACACUCUGGGUUGUGACACCCUUUUUGGAGAAAGAUGGAGGCCUUCCCUUCUGUGGUUUUCCUCUCAAGCCAAUCUCAUGUUACUAUCUGAGUCCUAGGGAGAAACUUCUCCCGCUAGUCCUAAGAAAGACAAUCCCUGUUGUAAAUGACAUUACUAGUGCCAAAGAGCUGGUUGAGUUUCUGUAGCGUCUCCUCAAAUGCAGAGAUUACAGUCCUUACAUUCUGUAAAUUACAGUGAAUGGUGCGGUGGCCUAGAGGUGACGCUCUCACUUCACAAUCAGGUGGUUGUGAGUUCGAUCCUAGGUAGAGGCAGAUAUUUCUCUCCCUCUGGGCACAGUGAGAAUAUAUCUGCUGAACAAAAUUCCGCAUUGGUGACAGGAAAGGCAUCUGGCCAGUAAAUACUCUGCCAGCUCCAUUCAGUUUGUCCAGACUCUGCCCUGAAAAGGAUUAUGGGAUCGUUAAAAGAAGAUGAUGGUUCUGUACAUUUCGGUGGUCAGCAAUAUAAAUCAGGGAUCUAUUGAGAUGGGGAAGAAAUCAUUGGUUGCUUUUGGUGGGGAGCACGUUUAAAAUGAGCCGGUGUCUGUAGAGGAGAAGGGUGGCAAGGCCCGUUUAAAGUAAUGGCUGCAGGACUGAGUCAGGACUGACAGGCAUUUCUGUCAAUAAAUACAGUUCUAUGUACCUGAAAAUGGCAGCACUAAAAUCAUCAAGAAGCAGCCCAUGCGCCAGGCGUGAAGGACCAGAUCCCCGUAUGAAGGUCCAAUCAAAUUGAUUUAUUGCUAAAUGCACAGGAAUCUUACUUAGCCUGCUUGGAGUUAGAUCAGGAUCGAUGGAAUUCAAGGGAGGUUGGAUUUAAUCCGCUUGUGGCUACGUAGAGAUUCUAGGCUGAUUCCUUUUUUGACGCCCCUCUCCGUGCUAUUGUUCCACACAUUUUUUCUUUCCUUCACUUUUACUGAAUUUUGGUUAUUUAAAAAAGCCAGAUUUUCUGGGUGAAAAAUAGUGACAAACAGCGGAGACCGUUACGAGGGAUGGUUUCUUUCCACAUUUUUUUUUAAAAAACCCAUGCCAUUUAACCUGAUUAAUUAAAAUGUAUCUUAUCAAAAGAAAGGAAGGUUCAAUAGCCUGAAUAGCAUCAAUGAGCAGAAUAUUCCAGAAAGGUUGAUAAUGUCACAUUUUGAAUUUCAGAAAUGUUCAAGGCCAUGUAAUGCAAAGGCAUUUGAAUACUAUGUUGUAUAUUUCACUUCAAAUUGAAGUAAAACAAAAAUGGAGAAA